ACACACUUGAAGCUGGAUAAGCGCAUACACCCACAUGUCCUAUAAAAACCUGCUGCCCCUGGCAGGCACCCACACUUUAGAGCCCCAGCAUCCAGCAGCAGCUGCUCAUCUCAUCUGAAAGAGGUGCACCGAGUGAGAGACUGUACUGAUUAAAGAUGUGGGCUCGUGGAGGGCAAGUCACGCUGGUGCUGUUCCGCCUCUUUGGCUCAGCUGCCCUGUUUCCAUACAUAUUUUCUCCCUCUGUGCCAUCACAAAUGUCCCCUCCUCCAUUUUUAACAAACUCCCCAUCUUUGCUUUCUCCUUCUCUCAGCUUACCAUCCACUAACCCCCACCUCACCUCCAGCUCUGGGGAAUCCUCAAAGAUAGCCAGCUGUGACAUCAGCAUCUCACCUUCCUCCUUAGUGGUCAGGUUUGGAGAUCCGGUCAAAGCUAACUGCUCCAAGCAGAAGGCGGGGUUUCCUGUCCUGGGUUGGGAAGUCUCAGUGGGUACUCCUGAAUCCACUUUGGAUGAGUUUUUGGUCUGGCGUGUGGACAGACUGACUGAGUGGAGCAUCAAGGCCAUGUGUUAUGCUGUGUUUGAUGUGGCUGGGAAGUGUGACAAGGCUCUCUCCCUGACAGUCUACCAACCCCCAACAGCAGUCUCCAUCACGUAUGUCAAUCACACUGGACCGCUGUUUGAGGGACGCCAUUAUUCUCUGCAGUGCACGGUUCAGGAUGUUGCACCUUUGGAAAAAGUUAUUGUGACUUUUUAUAAAGGGCUGACAAUGCUGAGUCAAAUCAAAUUCAACCACACGAGACAGAAGACUCCAGUGAACGAGAGCAUCACUCAGAGCAUCGUUCCCCGUAAAGAGGACAAUGGAACCCAGUACUGGUGUGAAGCUAAGCUGGAACUGGGACCGGAGGGACCACAACAACCGCUAGUGGUGACAUCGCAAAAACUCCCUUUGCUAGUGCUCUCACAUCCACAGCUCGUGAAUUCCACAAAACUGCACAAAACCUGUGGCAAAUGUAGAGUGAAAAACCCUCAAUCUGAGGGCAGUGGAACUACAAACAGCUAUCAAACACGCUUCCUGCUGGCUGCCUUACUGGUUCAGAUGAUUAUCCAACAGUAAAGCCCACAAACAGGACCAAUCUGACUCCCAUCUCUACACAGUUCGAUGAUCUGCUCCUUUGAGAAACUCAUUAAAGAAUGAUUGGGUAUUUUAUUUUAUUUUGUAGUGUUCCAAGGAGUGGCAGAUCUUUUACUCUACACAAAUCCUCACAGGUACAUGUGCCCGCAAAGCAGACAUUUUUGUUAACGAAAGAAUUCCUUGUUGCUGUACAGAAAACUGUGUUUUGUACAUAUUGAUUUUUACAUACUUUUCAAAUAUCUGAAGUACAAUUU